AUGAGCUCGAAAGGAAUAAGAACAUCUAAACGGAAUAGCUCAUUGUCACAUCUGAGCUUGAUUGGAAAGGACAAUGCAGCAGCCAUCGGAUGUGGAAGAUUGUUCCGGGCCGAUUAUUUGAGCACUCGAGGAAAAUGGAUCCAUUUAGGGAAACUCCUGACAGUCAUGUUUAUCCCUAUAUUGGGAGGUUGGACCUUCACAUUGUACUCACUUGCAGAUAACAUUGUGGAAAAGGGUACAACUGUUGAGGCUCAAACAUUGAUGUUGAGGGCGAUUAGUUUGGGAAGACUAAUAUACACGAUCCAGAAAGAACGGGAUAUGAGCAUCUUAUACAUUAGUAAAAUAGGACCAAGCACCAAGGCGUUCUUGAUCGACGAAUACGACAAGACUGACAAAACAUUUGCUGACAUGUGGAGCUGGCCUUUAGAAUUCACAGACCAUGCAAAUAAAUAUUUCAGAUCCAAAACAAUGCUUAUAAACCAUAUAAAUAGCCAAAGGAAUAAACUUGAUCCAAAUACACCAGAUGUAUAUGGACAGAUCACAUUUUACAGCGAAAUUGUUGAAUUCUUUAUGGAUUGGAUGAUUGAGCGAAUUCGAGAAAGCGGCUUUGGGAACAUAUGGAAAUCACUUGUUGUUUUUCAGAAAAUUACACGGUGUAUGUUGGACACAGGGGCAGAACGAGCUUAUGGGGCCAUGUUCUUUGCUCAAGGAAAUUUCCCCGAUCUUGAUUUAUACGAUAACUACUUCCGGCGGAUAUUUCGUUUCAACUACAACUACAAAAGUGCAACAUUUCUGUCCGACCUUGUUGACCCAUUAUUUGAAGCAAAAACAGACCAAAGAAGUUAUACAAUUGCAAUACGUAGCCUUCGAGCAGAAAUUAAAAACAGCAACUUCUCAGGAAAUUAUGUCAGUAAGGAAAAGGCUGAAUUCUAUUUCGACAAUUCAACGUUUAGAGUGGAUUAUUUAUACAUAUUACAAGAAGCGGUUGCUAUGCGCGUUAUUCGGCGUAUAAAUUCGACAGUCGACGCAUACACAGAAAACAUCAUCAUAUAUAGCGUCACAGCUUCGUUGGUGAUUAUAGCGUGCCCAUUUAUCAUGGCCUUUGCAGAGCAAUUGACGAGUAACAUGCAGGAGUACUCGAAGGUCCUCGUAAAGGCGUCUGAUGAACUCAACAAUGAACGUUCUAAAACAGAUUCUCUCCUUUAUCAGAUGUUACCUCGACCGAUUGCAGAGAGGUUAAAACGGAAGAGUGCCGUAGAAUCUGAAUUCUUCAAAUCUGCGACGGUUAUGUUCACCAGCGUGGUAGAUUUUGUUCAGCUGAGUAUUGAAUAUUCUCCAAUGGAGCUGAUAGACCUCCUGAAUAUUCUUUAUUCCUCUAUUGAUGACAAAAUUGAUAUGUAUGACGUGUACAAGGUGGAGACAAUAAAUGACACGUACAUGGUUGUAUCAGGAGUGCCUACUUCAAACGGUAACAGACACGCUUCAGAAAUUGCCUACCUGGCCUUGGAUAUAGCGUCAUCAGUGAAGUAUAAGACACUUAUAUCCAUGAACACCAAGCAUCCACUGCAUUUAAUGAUUGGUAUAAGUACAGGUUCAGUGUCAGCUGGUGUAGUUGGAAAUGUGAUGCUAAGAUACUGUUUGUUCGGAGACACCGUGAAUACUGCGUCAAGAAUGAAGUCUCACGGACAUCCGGACAAAAUCCACAUCAGCGAAUCAACUUUCAGGAAUCUCAGCAAGACAGGAUCGUUUACUUUGUUACCUAGGGGUAAAAUUGUCGUCAAAGGCAAAGGAGAGAUGAAUACAUACUGGCUUAUUGAUUCUACUCGUAGAAGACAAGAAUCUACUGUCGACCACAAUCUUCCCGGUGAAGUAGAGUUCUUACCUGAAACUAGUUCUACAGAAUUGGGAGGCAAGGCUCAGAGUACCAGCCGCGACCCACGGUUUGAUCGGAGGAUGAAAAAGAACUCGACAUCAACUGUAAAUCAAUUUGCUAUGAAAAAAGUGUCUGUGUCGUCAACAAAGAAAAGUAUCACUUCUGAUUUAGGUGGAGAAUGGAACCAGUUCUAGGCCACAUAAAUGUGCAAAAUUAUCAGAAAUGAUAAAGGUAAAGGACAAGUAUUGUGUAUAUAAAAGUAAUUACAAACUUUCGUACCUUACUAUUUAGAAAAAAGAAAAUUUGAAUUAUUCAUAUCAAAGGGAUAUUGCGUUCAUAUAUUAUGUUGGAUAUCUUGGUAACUGUCAUUAAAUGCCUGAAUAAGAUAGUAAAAGAACCAUCUAUGUAAAUUGUUUAAUUUUUCGUAUUGAUUUGAAAUUAAAUUUUGCCAAAAGAAUAUCAUAACAUGUAUGAUUUACAAACAAUU